AUAGAACAGCAAUAUAUGGAAAAAAUCGAGUUUAUUUCAGUACCUCAAAAUGUUAUUAUAUUUUAUUAUUUUAUCAUCUUAGGUGCGGUUGUAUACACUGCAGUGACGUAUGACAACGAUACAUCAGGAAACAUUAUAUACUCUAUCAUAGGUGGAAACACGAACGAUGAUUUCAAUAUUGACUCAACAACUGGGAAUAUCACGCUCGGCAAUGAGUUACGACCAAGAGAAAUAUUGGAAUACACCCUUCAGCUCCAAGCAAAUGACUCGACUAACCAAGGAUAUUUGAACUUGACAUUGAUUGUCGUUACAGUUCCACAGUUACUAUUCCCAGCGGAACCACUAAAUAUUGAAGAGAAUACAGAUACGUCGGGAGGAAGCGUCGUUUGGAUAUGUGCAUCACAAGAUUUGGAUGGUAACGCUAACCCUGACUAUAGCAUUGUUUCACAAAGUGUAAAUGGCACUUUUAAGCUUAAUAAUGACAAAACAAAACUUGUAACGACAGCCGAGUUCGAUUAUGAAGAAAUACAGAGCUACGAAAUUGUAAUUAGCGUAACAGACACAUCCCCACUUAAAUUAUCUUCGACAGCCACACUUACCGUGCUUAUAGAAGACUUAAAUGACGUCGCACCUAAUUUCACAUCUCCUGCUUCUAAAAAAAUACCAGAAAACACAGAUCCAGGCAUUGUUGUGUAUACUACUGUGACGGAGGACCCCGAUACAUUUGGCAGUGUAACAUAUGAAAUCACAGGAGGAAAUACGAACGACGAUUUCAGCAUAAACGCUACAAGUGGUAACAUAACUGUCGUCAAUUUACUCAAUGCGACUGCAACAGCCAACUACAGUCUUGUUAUCGAAGCUGAUGAUACAGUUAACGUGGCUAGUUUAACACUGCUUAUAGAACUCGUACCAGACGGUGACGAGUGUCUUUCCAACCCGUGUCAAAAUAACGCCACGUGUGUAGAUGGUAUAAUUGAGUUUACAUGCGCCUGUGCUCCUGGCUACGAGGGUAUUACGUGUGAAAAUGACAUAGAUGAAUGUGAGCCACACCCGUGCUUAAACGGCGCCACCUGUGAACAUGAUAUUGAUGAAUAUAGCUGCACGUGCCCUGAAGGCUUCAGUGGUGUCAACUGUGAAAUUGAUGAUGACGAAUGUGAGUCCUCUCCCUGUCAAAAUGGUACAUGUCUAGAUCUCAUCAACGGAUACAAUUGUACAUGUGUUCCAGGAUAUGAGGGCGUUAACUGCGAAAUCGAUAUACAGGAAUGUGAUUCAAACCCCUGCAAAAAUAGCGUCAGGUGUGUUGAUAUUGUCAACGGUUACGAGUGUAUAUGUUUACCAGGUUACACCGGAGACAACUGUGAAACAGAAUGUGCGGCCAACACCUACGGUAUAAACUGCAACCAGAGCUGUGCUUGUAAUGAAGAGGGUUCCAUCUCUUGCGACCACGUGAAUGGCACGUGCAGCUGCAAUGCCUUCUAUACGGGAGACAGGUGUGAACUUGAUAUUGAUGAGUGUGAGAAUAAUUCUACCUGUAGCAAGCCGAACGAGGGUUGUGACAAUGUUAGGGGCGGUUACAAUUGUUCAUGUCUAAUAAGCUUCACAAGAAACGCAACAACGGACAACUGUGAUCCAGUUACAGCUGAGGUAACAACAGCACCCGUCCCAGCGGGAAAAGUUAGUGUUAGUGUGAAAUUAGUGUUGGACAUCACUUUACCGGAUACUGUGGACUUCCAGGUUAAAGACACUUUCCAAAGAUACGCAGUGGAAGUAGAAUUUCAGCUUCGUAUAAUAUACACUCGUAGAUUCGGGGUAGUGUUUUUCACCAUAGUUAUUAGGAACCUUAGGAAAGGCAGUCUUGAAGUUGAUUAUGAUGUAAUUGUUGACGACGAUAAAGCUCUUGAAGCGGCUCAAGCAAAUACUGAUAUAGCGACAGAUCCGACAGGAAUUACAAUAUUUGAUGAAACAGCACAGCCUUCUGCAAUGGAGGUGAAUGCAAAUCCAGUGCCGGUUGGUGGGCAAGCUACGGACUCGCUUUUAUGUCAGACCUACGAGGCCACUGCUGGAAAAUGUACAGGUGACUAUGCGUGUGCUGUGAAGGAUGGGAACCCAGGAUGCCAAUUAAAGGACACAGACGAUAAUUUACAAUUGAUCCUUGGACUUGGUAUAGGUAUACCUGCAUUAUUUGUGGCAUUGGCAGUGAUAUUGCUCUGUGUAGCUUAUUAUAACAAUAAGAAUAAGUUCUUACGCCGUAAAUUCAGACACGACUAUGACGACAGGAGCAAUGAGUUAUACGAGCGGAAGAUACCGGUGAGGGCGAACACUGGUCCACCCACCUGGCCUUUUAUAGCCUCACCAGAGUACCCAGAGUACCCACAAUACCCGGACUACUCACGUGAAACCUCUCAGCGCUAUUUGCCUUCUGAGGAUUUCCACGGCCAAUAUGACAAUCAAGGCGCUCAAGAUCGUGACAGUAACAAUUAUACCUGGGACUACCUCACCACUCACCUACGUUCUGGAGAACCGUUCCACAUCAGAAGACCUAAAUAUGAAUACAAAUGAGAGGGCAAACUUCUAUGAAAAAUGUCACAGAUGGCAUUUAUUUGAGUUAGUGUAAACGUUCAUGCCAGUAUAUAUUUGUAUACAAAUAUAAGCCAGUAUAUAUUUGUAUACAAAUAUAAGUCUUUAAACUAUUAAAAUAUAAAUCCUUCAUUAAAUGAAUGGCAGCAUCGGUUACUAUCAGAAACUGGAAAUAUGUGGGACUGAAUUUCAGCCGUACAACAUUAUUGCCUUUUUCUUCAGAACAAAAAGGGAGUAUAGAUUUAAUGUAUCAUAGUUAGUAAUAAGUUGUUACUUUUUUAUAAACAAACAUGGAAACACUCUAAUGAUACCACAUAUCUCCUUGCGAGAUAAUUAUGUUACAAAAAAUGCGGUUCGACAGGAGAAUAAGGUUGUAUAUUUUAUAAGUUUAAAUUAUCUAUGUGCGUCAUACAUGAAUGAAUGCGAAUGAUAUCAGUUUCAAUUUACUAUAUAUAUCAUAGAUUGGAACAUAUAAUUGUUAGUGUUUCUGAUAUGCCAUAUUUACUCAUUCUAUGUACAUAUUAAACGUACUAAUCUAAGCUGCCGUCUCUAACGCAACGGUUCCACAAAUGUGUACUCCAAAAUUUGAUAUCACCUGACAUUUUCUCUUAUAUCACUGAAGAACUCGUAAUGAUUUGGAAAAAAACAUACUGUUUCUGGCGUGUGUAUAUAUAUAAGUAAAUGUACGUCUAGAUCUAGACAAAAAAGACACAAAAUAUUCAUAAUCUUACCAUUUCAUUGAUUACGGGGUUUACCGUUUAAAAUCAUUUAUACUAGCUUUCCUAUUGUUACAUACCUAUAUAUUAAUUGUAUUUUGUAUGUAAAUGAAUUACUAAUGUGUGUUCAUGUAAAGUGUGAUCACAAUUUAUGUACUUUUAUCACACAAUUUAUGUACUUUUAUCACACAUUUUUUUCGAUUUUGAAUGCUUUAUAAGAAUGACUUGUGUCAUAUUUAACUUCAAUGUAUACUGCUAUAUAUUUUGAGAAUUCCACGGGGAUAUUUAUCUUGUUCAAUUACGUUUUUAGAAUAAAAUGCAGUAUUCAAAGGGUCCAAUCUAGUUUUCGUGUAGUUGUUUCGGUAUAUGUGUAUGUAUUUACAUAUCUUGCCAGUUUGAAAGGAAAUUUUUAAUCAUUUUUAAAUUGUAAAUACAGUGCAUGUCUUUCUUUUUAACAAAUGAUCUACUUCAUUUGUUUUUCAUUGAAGUCAAGUCUUUUAAACUUGGUACACACGAUAAAACAGAAGCUCUUUUUCUGUGUAGUUGUGAUUCGCUUGAAUUAUAAAUAUUAUAUCUAAAGGAAUGUUUUUUGUUUUACUUUUAGUUAAGCUACGAUUGAAGUAGUUCGCCGGAUGUGCCUCUUUGGUCCGUAAGAAUAUAGUCCAUAUAUAAAUAUGUCAUUUUCUCGUCUAGAAAAGGUUACAUUUUUGCAUAUAAGCUUGACUGUAAAGAUGAAUGGCUCUGGAUGAUAAAGGCUGAACUGUUGUGUAAAUUGAAAAGUGAAAGUAGAUAUUUUUUAUGUCUACUUACGUUGUAUCACGUAUGUCAGUCACGUGACCGUGGAUUUCUUACAUUAUGCGUAGUCCCGUAUCUUUUGCUGUUCCGUGUUGCAAACUUUCGAGGAAAAGGAAGUCUCGCAUGAAGAAAAUCUGGUAAAAGAUGUUAAACAUACCUAUUCUUUUUAGAAAUAAAUCUAAGUACCGUCUCUAACCUUAAAGGGCGUUCCAAAUUAUAUCAUAAAUGUAAGCAAUAAUGAUAGAGUAAGUGUUCAGAUUAUCAUAAUCCUGCUCAUGAUGAGCAAGCGAUGUAUGUCGUCAUUCCAACAUUUAUUUAGUUACAUUAUAAAUCAUUGUAGUAAGAAAUUCAUUUUGUUUCACUCCAGAAAAUAAUUUCUUUAUACACAAAAUGUAUUCUAAUCACAGAUUACAUAUUUGUUUAAUACCAGUAUUUUCUUUUUUAUAUUAUGUUUAUAUGAAUAAAUACUCUUUAAAAUAUCAAA